GAAAGAACGAAGAAAGAACUCAAUGGGGUAUUCUUUGUUGCCAGAUUUGGUUCUACAAGUUUGUUUGGGGUACGGCGUUAUGGAUGCUGUCAGUGGGGUACGCUGUUGAGAGACCAAUUCCAGCCGGAAUUGACACAGGACAAUGGGUGAAAAGGAGUGUGAAAAGGAUAUUCCGGGUCCAAAGGUCCUGCAGGACGCUGUUUCGUCAGUAGUUCUUGGUUAGGCCAUUUUUCCCAGUUUCGUUGUGCCGCUGUGCCCUUUGCAUCAUACACAGCGGAGUGAGUUCACUCACGGUGUGAUUGCAUGCAGCCAUCCGAGCCCAAAGCAUGACGUGAAUGCUGAGCUGCCAGCUAUGCCCACUGGAUUUGUGAAGAAGCUCUUGAAAGAGAAAGGCUUCGGAUUCCUCAGACCCGAUGACGGGGGCGCCGACUUGUUCGCCCCCUUGCGCACCUUCGCGGGAGAUGAGGACACCCUGCAGGAAGGUGAUCGCGUCACCUUCGAGGUGGAAAUGGAGGAGCGCAGUGGAAAGCCGAAGGCCGCCAGCUGGAGCGUGACCUCGGUGGGUGCCGCAAGCCUUCUGACCCUACCAGGAAAUCCCUACGGCGCCUACGGCGUGGUGGUUGGCGGCUACGGGCCCACGCCGAUCGUGACGAGCCUGGAUCGGUUCUCCCCCUAUGCGGCGCUCGCAGGCGUGGCAGCUGGCACUGAAGGCGCAGCGACACAGCCAGCAGCCAUACCACAGAUUUCGGCACUGCUGAAUCCUGGGCUGGCACUUCCAGGGCUCUUGCCAGGAGUCGGUGGUGUGGCAACACUCCCACUAUCUACCCUUGCCCCCGCAGUGGGCACAGCCCCAGCGGGGGAUGCAGCGGCACUCACCGCACCGGCGGCGGCGCCGGUGGCGUUGCCCGCCGGCUGGGAGACCACGGUGGACCCCGCGAGUGGGAAGGUCUAUUACUUCAAUCGCGCCACCCAGGAAUCCAGUUGGACUGUUCCAAGCGCCUAAUGAAUCAUCUAAAAUGCGUUGGC